UAAGCUCUACGUGUUCAUGGCUAUUCCAAUAUCGUUUCAUUGCAAAUCCACUUGAAUCGGGUUUUCGUUACUUGUUCAUAUCUAGUAUAUAUAUAUAGUGCUACUUUUCGUACAGUUGUAUUUUCGUUGCGUAAAUGCAGAGUAACAGAGGAUUCGAGCGUGUGUUCAGCUACUUUGAUGAAGAUGGAGACGGGAAGAUCUCACCCUCUGAGCUGAGAAACCGGCUAGGGUUGAUGGGAGGAGAGAUGCUGCAAAACGAAGCGGAGGUUGCGGUGGGGUUUUUGGACUCCGACGGGGAUGGCUUGCUGGGUUUGGAUGAUCUUGUUGGGUUGAUGGAAGGUGGAGAAGAGGAAGAGAAAAUGAAGGGUUUAAGGGAGGCCUUUGAAGUGUAUGAUGAGGAGGGAUGCGGGUUUAUAACACCUAAGAGCUUGAAGAGAAUGCUUAAUAGAUUGGGUGAGUCCAAGUCCAUUGAGGAAUGCAAGGUGAUGAUCAAUCAAUUUGAUCUGAAUGGGGAUGGCCUCAUCAGCUUUGAAGAGUUCACAGUAAUGAUGCGAUGAAAUAGAGAUUCACAGUGAUUUGUAUAUAUUUAGUCGAUUCAUUCAUUCUUAUUCUUUUUGGGUUUGAUAGUUGAGAUUCUAAAUGAGCUGCGCUCGUGAUAUUGUAAUAGUUCUGUUUCUUUAUUAUUCAUAUAUAUACUGGAAUUUAUUUAUUUA